UAUAUCGUUCUGCACUUUUGCUUCUUAUCAUUCUUUAAUCGUUCCUUAUCACAGUGCCCUACAAAUAAUCUUAGUCUCAAAAUGGUAAUUCAACACCUUUUAUUCUUUGGAGUUGUACUUACGUCAUUUAGCGGUGGCCAUACCACCGGAUGUGAUCCAGGAUGGGUCCACUUUCAGGCCUCGUGUUACCUUUUCAAAGAUGAGACUGAGAACUGGGCAUCAGCAGGGUCAAUAUGCACUGCUUUACAAGGAAAACUGGUGGAGGUUGAAUCUUCUGUAGAGAACAAGUUUUUGAAAAACCGAAUAUCUCAUCUUCAUCCAAACCAUACUUCUGAUAACGUCAAUUACUGGACGGGUGGUAAUGACCUAGAAAACGAAGGUUCCUACAUUUGGGUAAAAAGUAGAGCACCUUUUACCUUCACUGACUGGCAUGCUAGUCAACCAAACGGUGGCAGCGAGGAUUGUGUCGCCUACAACUGUUUCACGGACUCUUCGAUCAAGUGGCACGAUUUCGCCUGUCACCAAAUGUUCUACUACAUCUGUGAGAAAGAAUUGAGUGAUGAUGAACUGAUGAACAUCAUUGGAUAAUGAGCAGAGAACUGAGUGUCAAAUAAAUGUUUAAUUCUCGUU